UUAAAGCUGAAAUGGAGUCGGUGAUGACCAUCAGUCGUUGUGCGGUGAUCACUUGAUACAGUGCUGAAUUUAAACAGACUUCGAACCCAAUAUGAAGAUUAGUAUUUGCUGGGUGCUCAUUUUUGGUGUCGUGGCUGCUGUUCACGCAUCGGCUCUCAAUGAAACCAAAUCCGCGAACGCCGAAGAACAGUCCCGCGAUAAGAGAGGAUUUGCAAGUGGAGGAGGUGGUUACGGAGGCGGUGGAGGCGGAUACGGUGGAGGAGCUGGAGGUGGAGCAGGAGGAUAUGGAGUAGGGUAUGGUGGCGCUGCUGCUAUCGCACAGGAAGCCGCCAAUGCAGCCAAAGCAGCACAGAACGCACAGGCUGGAGCAGCAUCUCAGGCUGCCCAACAAGCACAGGCCACCCUUGCUGCACAGGCCACUCAAGCUGCCCAGCAAGCCCAAGCUGUCGUAGCCGCCAAACAGGCCCAAGCUGCUCAGAUCUCACAGGCCGCACAAGCUGCGCAGGCCGCUGCUUUUGCUGAAUCAGCACAGGCCGCUCAAGCCGCCCAAGCUGUUCAGGCUGCCGAAGCCACCAAGGUUCAAGCCCUCCAACAGGCACAAGCCAUUGCCGCUGCUGCCAAAGCUGCCCAGUCUCACGCUGCUCAAGCAGUUGCUUCCCUCCAGGCUUCUCAGGCCCAACAAGCUUCCCAAGCACAAAUGGCCUACCAGGCUCAGGCGAACGCCCAAGCUUUGGCUUACAAACAACAAGCUUCACUGGCGGAUUUGGCCGCUGCCCAGCAGGCGGCCAACAAGGCUUAUUCAGCCGCUCAAGCUGCCCAAGCUACUGCCGUCGGUGGUGGUGGAUCCUAUGGUGGAUUCGGCGGAGGAUAUGGCGGAGGACAUGGUGGCUGCCCGGGUUGUUAAAAAUUCUAAAUGAUGUGAUGCGUGGCAAAUGAUUGAAACGAACAUUUUGUUUUGCUACUGACACAUAUUUAACAAUUUACAUGUUCUUGCAUGCUCCGCAAUUUCUAUUGGACUGUAGAUUCAGCUCCGUUAAUUUGCUUUAAAUAUUACUAUACUGUUGAAACUCA